CUCCUACCUCCCGCAAAUCCCCCAGUCCUCCCGGCAGGACAUCUGCGCUGCUUCCUCCCUACUCUAUGGACUUAAUUCCCGGCUUGCUUUUCCUUUGACCCUCCCUGCCUUCCCCUGUUGACUCUGGGUCUUAUCUUGUCCUCCGGAGGUAUGCUAGGUGCUGUGCCAGCCUGCCCGUUCGCCUGGCCUGUUUUCUUUCACUGCCAGCACCUCUUGGAUUCCAAUUCCAAACAUGGUAUCCCUCUGGGGUCACCCUUUCUUCUGGUGCCAGGAGGUCAUGCAUUCCAAAUGGAGCACAAGUGUGUGCCUCUCCUCCGGCUGCCUCUCCGCUCCUCCUCCUGCCUGGGAACGACAGACAGCAGGAUGUGACUGCUUCGUCCCGGCGUUGCUGAAGUUUGUGGUGUCGAGUUCCUGCGUCCUCUCAGGGCAAUGUAUGCUUUUUGCUAAGAACUAAACAUGAGGACUAUGCUAAGAAAGCCGGAGCCAAAGAGGUUUCCCAGAGCACUGCGAGGGGAAGAGGAGCUUCGCUGAGAGAGAAAGGAAAAGGAAAAGAAAAAUCCCAAACAACAAAUUCAGGUUUUCAAGCUCCCAUGGAAGUGUACUAUGCCCUGGCGUUCUUUCUCAGAGCCACCUGCCAGCAUCCCUGCCAGCAAAGGUAGCGUUGGUGGUGAGAAGUCACCUGGGAGUACAGACUGAUUUUUUUUCCACCCAGUUUCCUUUGUGGAGACCUUAUCGGAGCCUGCAAAGGCCCCGACAGCCCCAAAGAUGAGUGCCAACGGCAGCACGGUGGCUCAGCUCCUGUGGCAUCGGCCCGUGUGCAGUAGCUGGAGACAGGAUGUGGAAGGAGCUGUCUAUCACCUGGCCAACUGCUUCCUGCUAAUGGGCUUUAUGGCGGGCAGUGGAGUCUACGGCUGCUUCUAUCUUUUCGGCAUCCUGGGCCCGGGCUUCCUCUGCUGUGUGCUGUGGGGCUGGUUUGAUGCUUGCGGGCUAGACGUCGUCCUUUGGAACGCCCUCCUGUCCGUGGCGUGCCUACUUCAGCUGGCACAGCUGGUCUAUCAAGUCCGGGUGAAUACCCUGCCGCAGGAGUUCACCCUCCUCUACAGGACACUGUGCCUGCCCCUGCAGGUGCCCAUGCAGGUCUACAAGGAAAUCGUCCACUGCUGCCACGAGCAGGUCUUGACACUGGCCACGGAGCAGACCUACGCCGUAGAGGGGGAGACAGCCAUCAACCGCCUGUCCCUGCUGCUCUCUGGCCGGGUCCGAGUGAGCCAGGACGGGCAGUUUCUGCACUACAUCUUUCCAUACCAGUUCAUGGACUCUCCUGAAUGGGAAUCACUGCAUCCUUCUGAAGAGGGGACCUUCCAGGUGACGCUCACCGCUGAGACCGAAUGUAGCUACAUUUCCUGGCCCCGGAAAAACCUUCACCUUCUUCUGAACAGAGAGCGAUAUAUCUCCCGUCUCUUCUCAGCCCUGCUGGGCUAUGACAUCUCCGAGAAGCUCUACACCCUCAAUGACAAGCUGUUUGCCAAGUUUGGGUUACGCUUCGACAUCCGCCUUCCCAGCCUCUACCAUGUUCUGAGUCCCUCAGCCUCCGACGGGGAACCAGAGUCUGAGAAAGAUGAUGAAGAAGCCCUUGAGGCAGCUGUGUCCCCUGCUCAGGCCAGGCCCGUCUGCAUCGGGCCAACACCCCCUUGUUCCCCGCCCCCAGCUACCACCAACUUCCCUGUGCCUCUGCCCCGGGCCAGGAUGCCCAGGUCUGACAGCGGCCCCCUGGCUUCUAGAAGUCCUCUCCUGAUCCCUUCUCCAGUUAUGUCCAGUGCACGGGCCCCGUUGGCUCCAACCCACACGCCGGAGCUCUAAGGAUCGCAGAGCUGUUGUCUCUGUGGCCACGUGGUGCUCCUCCACGGUCCCUGGAUGACCGCUUGUACUCACUCACACCCUCCUCUUAGCCCUCCAGAAAGAUCUGGAGUAUGGGAUGGACAUGACGUGGAAAACUCACCUUCAUGGGUUUCCUCACGGGAGGAGGAGGGCCCAGAGGCGCCAGGCCCGACUCCACCUUUUAUGGGAUGGGUUGCAGGACAGUGCCAGGUUUACAGCCUCUGUGAGCCUGCUCUGUGAGGCUAUGAGCUCACAUCACAGGGUUGUUGUGAGGACUGGGCAAAGCACCUAUGACCGGACAUGGUGUCCAGCAAGCACGCAAUAAAGCACGUCAUGCCUC